UCAUCAUCAUCUAUCCAUCCAUUCAUUCGUUUUCUUGGUUUGCCUCAUUCAUCACCCAAACUACUUGUUAUCAUUCCAUCUAUACACUGCGUUGUCGUCACGCUAGGAUACAAAGUUCAGGUACAACACGCUUCGUUGCUGGGCUGAGCCGCUGAGAGUCGAGGAUUUGGACACACCCGACCCCAAUUAUACGCAGACUGAAACGCACGGUAGCACAUUCGUCGUUCGAUACAAUUCUCCGUUGGGAUUCCCAAACCCACUGGCCCGCGUCCUUCACGUCCACCCGCCCUCCUGGGACACGCCAUCCGAACGACACGGCACACUCCUCCUCCUCCUCCUCCUCCUUCUUAAUGUGAUACCCCGACACGAUCCAUCUGUACAUACGUAUUCAUUUGGCGCCCUUUUCAUGGGACAAUAAGAGUAGUGAGGAGCAAGAGGCAUCGGUCGCGCACGACCACGAGCCCUGGGACAUUUAGCCGCGGGAAGCAGGCAUUGGAAACAUCCCCAUACAAACAACACGAAAUACCGGCUCUAUGCCAAAAGGCCUGAACCUGAAGGGAUUCGGCCGGCGCAAGUCUUCCGGCAACGCUCUCGACUUCGAGCCCACCGAGGGCGCCGCAUCGCCAACACAAUCGACCUUUCGCGUGAUCGAGCGGCCGGAUUCCAAAAAGGCGGCUUCGUAUGGCCGUGAAAAGCCUACGAGCAACGGCCGCGCCUACAACGCUCCUUUGAAUGCACUGCGAGGCAAGAGUGUGGACAACUUGACACUAGGGCCGAACAGGGGCAGUAGCGGCACCACGAAUUCCGGAAGUAGUGGCUACUACGAAAGCUCGAGCGCCUCCGCAAAGCACAGCUCGACUUCGACUCUUCCCUCGUCAGUCGACCAAGAACAUCGCGCUCCCGACGACGACGAGCUGUUCCCUCCUCACCCACAAAAGGCUUUCACGACGGGCAUGUACCAGAAAGUGAGCGCGCCAAACAACGAUCCACCACUACCUCCGCCGCCAACAUUCUCCUCCCGAGCGGCACGCGCCUUCUCGUUUGGCAAUAACAAGCAUGCAAAAUCGCCAUCGAAAGAUAUCUCGUCCUUGCCUCCACCGCACGACGCUUCCGCGCCCGGUUCGAACUCUCCCGAAAGAACCCGCAGUCCUUUGAGGGAACGUGCCAUGACCACCAGCAGCUAUGCCAGUACUGCCGUGCCGACCACCACUGACUUGAAGCUAUCAAGUCCUGACUUUGGCAGCGAUGACUUUGGCAACAUGUUUGAGAGCCUCAAGAAAGAGCCCAUGCCAACGUCACCAUCGCUACCACCGCCGCCGCCGGCCCAUCGUGGCCUGAUCGGCUCCACCACGGCAGCACAGAGCAAUUCUUAUGUGAAACAGGAGUCGCAGCCCACGUAUCCACCACGGGCAUUAUCUAGGAACGGCUUCACGCCAUCUCCCCAACCGCAAAUGUUUAGUCGUGCGGAAAGUUCCUCUCCACGCUCUUGGGACGACGGCAGCUCCAAUGAUGGACUCGUGUCAAGAGUAAGCACACCGGGUCUACCGAGCGCUGGCAUGGCCGGACCGGCCAUGGGAGCCGCCUUUGCCCAGGCAUUCCACGGCAAGUCGUCCCAGCCCGGUUAUGCGCGUGUUCCUGAGCGCUACAACUCUCCUAGCCUUGGGCAGGAGUCUGUUGAAGACUUCUCUGCGAGUUUGAUGGCUGCGGGUGCGAAGAAGGAGAAGCAGCCUGCAUAUGCGAGUCGACAAGCGCAGGUGGACGAUGAAGAUCGGUGGACUAGAAAGGUACAACUGCGGGAUGCACCGCACACCCAAAGUUUGUCUCCCUCUGCGUCCAAAUUGUCAACAAGCACCAAUUCGACUACACGACCACCGCCUCACGCACUCGCUGCCGCCUCACGCAAUGGUCCCACCUCGCCGAACAGCUCAAUGGAAGAUGUGCCCGAGAGCAACACGACCACGCCGCGCGCCGCUCGGACGUUGAACGCGUUGAACGAUAAGUCCAUGUUCGAUGCAUCGCCUGCCGGUCCAUCCACACGUCCAUCACGAGCUGACCUCCAUCAACGCACUGAGAGCGGCAACCCAAAGACCAUGACGAAAGCUCAGUACCAAGCCAUGAUGCAGCAAGGAGGACAGAGUGAAUCACCGAGUGAAGAGGAGGAUUUGUCAGAGGAUGACUACGAUGAAGAGGAUGAGGUGGAACAUGCGCGGAAGCUGGCAACACAACGGCGCAAGCAGGAGGCCAACAUGUCCGUAUACCGCCAGCAGAUGAAGAAGGUCACCGGUGGUGGGCCAACAGACCUACCGUCUUCUGCGUCCUCUACCCGACCAUCCGCGCACCAUGCCGCAACCUCACCGGCCGGUAUUGGCUUGCAUUUGGGUGGCAUUGGUGGCAGGCCUCCCGAGGCAACGAUCCUUGGUCGUCAGGAUGACGAUGAAGAUGAGGAUGUCCCAUUGGGCAUUUUGCAAGCUCAUAACUUUCCAAACCGUGGUCGUCCACCCAUGAAAGUUGGGGAGAACGAUCUUCUUCACCAAAGACAGAGCUCUGCUGCCGGCUCUGUGAUCAAUGGCGGUGCAGGGCAGGGCAAUCUGCCUCCAUUUGCUCGACGACUACCGCAGGACCCGUAUUUCGGUGCUGGCCUGGUCAAUCCGAGCACUCGCGAGUCCUUGGCGUUCAGCAACCCUGCCGGCUCGGUCGUAGGUAUGCCCCCUGGAUCACCACAUCUCAUGGUCCCUGGCAUGGCACAAACUCCUGGAGGGGGGCAUCCCGGUGGGCUGGUCGGCGUCAUUGCUGGGGAGGAGAAGGCUAGAGCUGCGAGACGAGGAAGCACUAACCCUGCCGCGAUGAUGAGCGGCGCCAUGCCUUUGCCUUCAAACAUGAAUCCACCGUUCAACAUGCAGCGCACCAUGUCGAUGGGCAAUGUCAUGCCGCCAUCUGUAUACAGUCCCAGCGGCAUGCCACCAAUGGCCUCGAUGCCACAACAAUUCAACCCCAUGAUGAUGGGUGGUAUGUCUGGAAUGAUGCCGCAGAUGCCGCAGAUGCCGCAGAUGCCUCAAGACGGGAGCCAACAACAGAUGCAGCAAUUCAUGGCCAUGCAGAUGCAAUUGAUGCAGAACGUAAUCAACAUGCAGCAGGCGCAAAUGGGAGGCGGGAUGACACCUUCAGCCAACCCGCAGCCACAGCAGCAGGACUAUCUUGGAGUCAACUUCAAUGAUGCCAAUCGACCAAUGUCAAUAGCCAGCCAACAGGGCUUCGCUCCUUCGAACCAGCCCCGUAGCAUGACGAUGACCAAUCCUCCUAGCGGAUGGGGCAGUGCGGCGAACCCAAGCGGUCCUCGGCCGAACAGCGCAAUGCCAGGUUAUGCACCUUCCACGAAUGGCCUCAACGUCCCGCAGACUGGACCUGGAGCGGGAUAUACACCUUCGAUUGCACCGAGCGAACGCAGCAACGUCGGCAUGCCUUCUCGUUAUCGUCCUGUCACUCAAAAUGGCGAGGCUUCCAGAUCGCAGAGCAUGACCUCUUCACUUACCUUGCAGCAAUUUGCUGCACAACAAAACGCCCCCAAUGUGCCCGGGACGCCCUAUGGCGCAAACACUGUUCAGGCACCCAAGCCGACGGUACGAGUCAUAGACAAAGCCAAAGGUGCACCGAAGGUCAACAACCGGCCCGCGGACGAGGACGAGGAUGAAGGCUGGGCAGAUAUGAAGAAGAAGCGCGAAGAGAAGAAGAAGUCGAAAUGGAGUUUCAGGAAGGACAAGACCACUAGCAACGAGCCGACCUUGGGCGAUCUUUACCAGACCAUGGAUUAGGAGUCCAUGAGAUGUUCAAAGGAUGUCAUGGAGUACGGCGGCGUCUGGAUAAGCUUAAAAGAGAACAGCAACACGAAUGAUGCGCAGUGCAUGACAUGGUGGCAUACUUGCAUUCAUUUGGAGUCGACUCCACCAGAGACAAAAUAUGUUUGCGAGCAACUCAGUUUCGACUAUCACAGGAUCGUAUACCCACACGCGAACGAAAAGGCGGGCUGUCCAUUCAUUUUUUUUAACGGGACCAGAUCUGGCUGUUCAUAAUUGCAUUGCGUGGGAUCAAAAAGGGAGGUGAGGGCAGGAAAGGAUGGCCGGCGGGAAGGAAAAUGCGGAUUUAUCGGAUUGAAUUUACACUUUCGCCUUGUUUUUUGUACGCCAUUUUCGCUGUCGGAACAGAUGCAACAGAGCAGAAUCAUCGAAGCAGAGAAAAGAGGGUGCCGGGGCCUCUUUCUUAGUUGUAAUGGAGACGUGUAAAAGAGAAAAAUGAUCAAGCAGCUGCGUCUAGUUGUUGUUAUUAUUAUGUCUUUUUGAUUGCGAACUUUGGGAGCUGGGAGAGGGACAAAAAACAGCAUGCUGCGCGCACGCACGCACGCACUCAAGUCAGGCGUUGCGUUGCGAUGCCCGAGAGACAAAGAGGGAGGGAGAGAGGGCGAGAGAAAAUCUAGAAGGUAGUAGGUAGAGAAAGACUGCUGCUACUACUACUACUUACUCAUUGAGAUAGUUGUGUUAAUAGGGG